UAGGACGUUCGUCGGUGGGGCGUAAGAGAGGGGCUGUUCCGGGCGCGCUGUGCUUAUAUCCCGGUGCGGCGGUACAUCAGAUCUCGCAAGGGACGGUCGCCCAUCAGUGAUUGUUCCAGUUGGCAAUCCAUCCUUAUUGUCUUUCGCCUCGCGUCGCCACCGUGACGUGAGCGCGCUCGGUCUUCCCCGCACGCGCAUGCCGAAUCCAGGCCGUGCCGAUCCCUCCGGGCCUACACCUGCGUCAACACGCGCGCGACGAGAACAAGGCGGGCGGCUGCGCGAACAAGGGGCGCGCAAAUCUUCCCUCAGAUCGCUGCCCAUCAGCUGCUCCAUCCGGCAGGCUAUGACCCACGCGCGCCCUCGUCAUCGCCUGCGACGCCCCCAUCAGACGCAUCGUGCCCCCCAACGCACGCUGGCCGGCGCGCGGUCGGCACCAAAGCCGCCCAGCGGCACCCGCCCAGCUGGCAUGUCUCAACCCCCCGCGGACACGAGAUCCCGCCCGCAAGAAAAAUCUCGGGAGAACGCGCCCAUAGAUUGGCUAGUCAUCAUGAAGACCUGCCUUUUGCGGCGCGAAGACAAGGGGAGCUGUGGCGCACCCGCCAUCAACGCAAUGUGCGAGCGCAAGGCCCGAUGAGUAGGAUGCCGACGCUGCGCGCGUGGUCGCUAUUCAGCAAAAUUGCUUCCACUACAGCUUCUUCCACUACAGUUGACAUUGUCGGAGGCAGCCGUCGUUCGUGCCGACUGCGGCG